AUAUGCCAAUUGGAUCUUUUAUACGGCAGAAAUUAUUCGAUCGUUUUUUAGACGUUUAUGAGGAUAUCAUGAGAGACUGCAAAUAUUCACCAAAAUUGGCCGAUCUCGCUAUCCGAUUUGAAGAACCUAUUUACGGUACGAACGAUUUCAGUUAUGCACAUUACUUAGCACCAACGAACAUAAUAGGAGUUAGUUUCUUUUUAGCCGCUACAGUUUCUACCAGCUUAAUAAUUACAGAGCAGUUAGAGGGUGUCUGGGAUCGAAGCGUAGUUCAAGGUGUCACAACAGCAGAAAUUAUACUGUCUCACGUUGUUAUUCAGAGCGUCAUCAUCAUUAUCCAUACUGUUAUGAUAAUGCUUUUAAUAUUUGCCAUAUGGGGCCUAGAAUGUAAAGGACCGAUAUUUGUCGUAAUGGUCCUUACAUUUCUGACAGGUUCUUGCGGACUAAUGUACGGUUUUGUCAUUUCUGUUACGUGCAAAAAUCACACUGCAGCGCAUUACACUACGUUCGGGACUUUUCUCACGAUAAUGUUGCUCAAUG